AUGGCUCAGCCCACUGAAUCGGAUAUCCUGGCCGCCCUUGCCAGAUACCGUACACAUAUUGCCGAGGUCACCCACCGCGCUAUGCUGAGGAUACUUCCAGUGGUGGAAGAAGCCCGUCUAAAAAAGACCUACUCUAGGGUGACGAUCGAAGAAGAAGAGGAACGGCGCUUUAAAUAUCUUAGCCGCCUCAUCGCCUUGCCUGAGGGUAAUACUCAGCCGCCCAUUAAGCGUCCGUAUGACGUCCUUGAGCACUGGGACCUUAUUUCAAGUCAAGUCUCCCUCGAUGGUACGACGGUGAAUGCCGACCCAGAAUGGCGGGCCGCCAAGCGCGAGAUGUAUCGAUCGGCCAUCCUCGAGGGUCUCGGACAUCUCGAGUGUCCUACUGGACAGUGGACGUUGCCUCCCGAUUUUGAGAUCCUGAUGCAGCACGUUGACGGCCUUGAGGGGCAUGGCUGGUCCAUGCUUCGUGAUGUAUCGGAGCGCCUUAUUUUCUGGGUAGGCUGGGGAUCAGAGGGUGUCUUAGAGACUUAUGAAUCGAUUCAGCAGAGGGUUAUGACAGGAGAGGCCAUCCUUGAUGAGAUGGGGUAUGAUGAGACGGAUGAGUAUGAUGAGAUGCGUGAUUAUGAUAUAGCAGGGGGAUGGCUGUCUGGUGAGGGAGGUGAGUCUGGUGUCUAUGUGAUUUACAGUCGGCUUAAGGACGAGAGCGAAGGUUGGUCUUGGCGCUAUGUGGCUGCACAGGGCCAGUUUGGCACGGAGAUCUUUGAUAAUAUUGUAGCUGUCCUGGAUUGGUACAAGGGGGAAUGUGAGCCCGUUGAUAUUGAGCUUAAGAUCAACGCAAAAGAUGUCUUUGCCCCUUGA